CGAAGAAAAAAGAUUUUCUUGUCUUUGUUACUUUAUUCCCUCAAUGUCAAACGUUGAAGAUCUCACUAAUCUCGCUAAGCCUUCUUCUGAUGCCACUUUAACAGUGCGUUGUAUCAAGAACUUUGAAUACCGUACCUGUAAAAACCUUGUUUUGCAACACGUUAACCUCGAGACUUGUACAGUCGGUGACUUGAAAAAAAUGGUUUUAGAAAAAAUUCACUCACAGCCUGGAUGGAAGCCAUAUUUGAACGUCAAGUUUGAUACACUUAAGGUUUACACUGUUGCCCACGGACACAAGACCAUGAACUUGAUCAUUAAUGUUGAAGACGAUGAUAAGCUGAUUUUGGCAGACGAUUCCGCUGUCUUAGCAUGGCAGGGUAUCGAAAACGAAACUGAGUUGUCUUUCUUUGACUUGAAAGACUAUUUAGAAUUCAAACAACACCCAGAUACAAUGAAAUGGUAAAAUGAGAUAAAAUAAAAAAAAAAUCGACAAUGCAUAGUCAUGAUAGCAAAC